GCCCGAUGAGUGCGCUGGUCUUCAUCGCGAGCUGCUGGGCUGCGCCACCCCGGCCGCGCCUGCACCGCCCCGUGCCGACCCACGCUGCCGUAUCGACUGCACCGACUGGCCGGCGCGUCGUGCUCGGAUUUGCUCGCUCCGCCGCCGUCACUGCCGCUGGCGCUGCACUUGCAAGCGGUUGUGGCGCUCGAGCGGCUGGCGCUGCUGGCGCGGCGGAUGCGACGGCUGAGUGGUACGUGGGUGCGGAGUCGGCCACCGUGCUGCGGUGGGUCGAUAAGGACACUAUCCCACCCGGCGCGGCGACGGCCAUGGAGGCGUUCUACACGCUCGAGUUCACGACGUACCUAUCUCGCUUCCUGCUCAACUUUGACGCCGACUGCGCGGCGUGGUGGGAGACGCGGAUGGCGGCGAUUCCCGCGAGCCUCCCGCCGGACAAGCAGACUUCGCGGCGCAACGCCGCCUUUGGUGCCUUCUCUGCGUCGGUCGAGUACGGUCUGCGCCGCUACCCGGGCGCGAGCGGGCCAAAGGCUCUGCUCCGCUCGCUGGAGCGGCAGCACGGCUCGGACCCGGAGGCGUGCCGGCACCUGGCGCUCGCAUUCACCUUCCUCGACGAGCGCUCCCAGCCGCGCGACGAUAUCGCCCGCCUCGUCCGCCGCGUGACUGCGGGAGAGAGCGGCGCGACCGGCACUGGUGUGCAGCAGAGACGAGCUGAGACGUGGGCGGGAUCAGCCGAGGUUUAUCCGAGGAGU